CCGGACGCCAUUUCCAGUGGCUGUGGGUUCUCACGGGUUGGGGUCCGCAGUGACAAUGAGCUAUGACUACCAUCAGAAUUGGGGCCGCGAUGGCGGGCCCCGCAGCUCCAGUGGAGGAUAUGGAGGGGGCCACGGAGGGAGCCGAGGCUCCGGAGGCGGCGGCGGCGGAGGAGGGGGUGGUCGAGGAGGCCGGGGCAGGCAUCCCGGGCAUUUGAAGGGCCGUGAAAUCGGUUUGUGGUACGCGAAGAAACAGGGACAGAAGAACAAGGACGCGGAGAGGCAAGAGAGAGCUGUGGUACACAUGGAUGAACGCCGAGAAGAGCAAAUUGUGCAGCUGCUGAAUUCUGUUCAAGCUAAGAAUGAUAAAGAUUCAGAAGCACAGAUAUCCUGGUUUGCUCCUGAGGAUCAUGGAUACGGUACCGAAGUUUCUGCUGAGAAAAAAACAAGCUCAGUGAAGAAACUUGACCAGGAAAAGAAACUGAUAAAUCAGGAAACAAGGACAUUUAGAAUCAGAAACAAAUCAUACUUCGACCGAGAUUCUGAAUAUCUGUUGCAAGAAAAUGAACCAGAUGUAACCUUAGACCAACAAUUACUAGAAGAUUUACAAAAGAAAAAAACUGACCUUCGGUAUAUUGAAAUGCAGCAUUUCAGGGAAAAGCUGCCUUCAUAUGGAAUGCAAAAGGAAUUGGUAAAGUUAAUCAGUAACCAUCAGGUAACAGUAAUAAGUGGUGAAACCGGUUGUGGAAAAACCACUCAAGUUACUCAGUUCAUUUUGGAUAACUACAUUGAAAGAGGAAAAGGAUCUGCAUGCAGGAUUGUUUGUACUCAGCCAAGAAGAAUUAGUGCCAUUUCAGUUGCAGAGAGAGUGGCUGCAGAAAGGGCGGAAUCUUGUGGCAAUGGUAAUAGUACAGGAUACCAAAUUCGUCUUCAGAGUCGGUUGCCAAGGAAACAGGGUUCUAUCUUAUACUGUACAACAGGAAUCAUCCUUCAGUGGCUCCAGUCAGACCCGCAUUUGUCCAGUGUUAGCCAUAUUGUGCUUGAUGAAAUUCAUGAAAGAAAUCUACAGUCAGACGUUUUAAUGACUAUUAUUAAAGAUCUUCUCAAUUUUCGAUCUGAUCUGAAAGUAAUACUGAUGAGUGCAACAUUGAAUGCUGAGAAAUUUUCAGAAUAUUUUGGUAACUGUCCUAUGAUACAUAUACCUGGUUUUACUUUUCCGGUUGUAGAAUAUCUUUUGGAAGACAUAAUUGAAAAAAUAAGAUAUGUUCCAGAACAAAAAGAACAUAGAUCCCAGUUUAAGAGGGGUUUCAUGCAAGGGCAUGUAAAUAGACAAGAAAAAGAAGAAAAAGAAGCAGUCUAUAAAGAACGCUGGCCAGAUUAUAUAAGGGAAUUGCGAAGAAGGUAUUCUGCAAGUACUGUAGAUGUUAUAGAAAUGAUGGAUGACGAUAAAGUUGAUCUGAAUUUGAUUGCUGCUCUUAUCCGAUACAUUGUUUUGGAAGAAGAGGAUGGUGCAAUACUGGUCUUUCUACCAGGCUGGGACAAUAUCAGCACUUUACAUGAUCUCUUGAUGUCACAAAUGAUGUUUAAAUCAGAUAAGUUUCUUAUUAUACCUUUACAUUCACUGAUGCCUACAGUUAACCAGACACAGGUAUUUAAGAGAACCCCUCCUGGUGUUCGGAAAAUAGUAAUUGCUACCAACAUCGCAGAGACGAGCAUUACCAUAGAUGAUGUAGUUUUCGUGAUAGAUGGAGGAAAAAUAAAAGAGACACACUUUGAUACUCAGAACAACAUCAGUACAAUGUCUGCUGAGUGGGUUAGUAAAGCUAAUGCCAAACAGAGGAAAGGUCGAGCUGGAAGAGUUCAACCUGGUCAUUGCUAUCAUCUGUAUAAUGGUCUUAGAGCAAGUCUUCUAGAUGACUAUCAACUGCCAGAAAUUUUGAGAACUCCUUUGGAAGAACUUUGUUUACAAAUAAAGAUUUUAAAACUAGGUGGAAUUGCUUAUUUUCUGAGUAGGUUAAUGGAUCCACCAUCAAACGAGGCAGUGUUGCUCUCCAUAAAACACCUGAUGGAAUUGAACGCUUUGGAUAAACAAGAAGAAUUGACACCUCUUGGAGUCCAUUUAGCACGAUUACCAGUUGAGCCACAUAUUGGGAAAAUGAUUCUUUUUGGAGCUCUGUUCUGUUGCUUAGACCCAGUUCUCACUAUUGCUGCUAGUCUCAGCUUCAAAGAUCCCUUUGUCAUUCCAUUGGGAAAAGAAAAGAUCGCAGAUGCAAGAAGAAAGGAAUUAGCAAAGGAUACUAAAAGUGACCACUUGACAGUUGUCAAUGCAUUUGAGGGCUGGGAAGAAGCUAGGCGACGUGGUUUCCGAUAUGAAAAGGACUAUUGCUGGGAAUAUUUUCUUUCUUCAAACACACUGCAGAUGCUGCAUAACAUGAAAGGACAGUUUGCUGAGCAUCUUCUUGGAGCUGGAUUUGUAAGCAAUAGAAAUCCUAAAGAUCCGGAAGCUAAUAUAAAUUCAGAUAAUGAGAAGAUAAUUAAAGCUGUUGUUUGUGCUGGCUUAUAUCCCAAAGUUGCUAAAAUCAGACUAAAUUUGGGUAAAAAAAGAAAAAUGGUGAAAGUUUACACAAAAACUGAUGGUGUGGUUGCUCUUCAUCCUAAAUCUGUUAAUGUGGAGCAAACGGACUUUCACUACAACUGGCUUAUCUAUCACCUGAAGAUGAGAACAAGUAGUAUAUACUUAUAUGACUGCACAGAGGUUUCCCCGUACUGUCUCUUGUUCUUUGGAGGUGAUAUUUCUAUCCAGAAGGAUAAUGAUCAGGAAACUAUUGCUGUAGAUGAAUGGAUUGUCUUUCAGUCUCCAGCAAGAAUUGCUCAUCUUGUUAAGGAAUUAAGAAAAGAACUAGAUAUCCUUCUGCAAGAGAAGAUUGAAAGUCCUCAUCCUGUAGACUGGAAGGACACUAAAUCCAGAGACUGUGCAGUGCUGUCAGCUAUUAUUGACUUGAUCAAAACACAGGAAAAGGCAACUCCCAGGAACUUACCACCACGAUUCCAGGAUGGGUGUUAUAGCUGACAACUUUUCUGUGAUGGCCUGAAAAGCCAAUUUUAUAUCCAUUUUCCAUCACAGUUUAAUUUUUGGCUAGAUGCCAAAACCUGGGACAUGAUUUUUGUGUGUAAGAUAGAAAUUUUCAUGUGUAAGAUAGAAAGCUUUAGUAGGAGGUAAAGACUCAAUGUGCAUGACUUAACAAUAUUAUCCAUAGCUAUUAUAAAUAUACCAUAAAAAGCAAUAUGUUCUCUAGUCAUAUACUCUUGUGCUCAUGUCCACACUUUGGGAGUGUUCCUCUUAUAUAUAUUGAGUUUUGCACCAAUUGAGAAAUUUCUUUGUUCUGUUAUGUAAAAUUAGUCUUUCUGCCCAUAAUGACUGAGUACAGAAUCAGUAAAAAUAGAAUGGUUAGCCAAAAGGCAGUGUCAAGUAAGAAUUUGAACACAACCACAUUUUUAAAAAUGAAACUUCUAUCAGAAGUAAAUUAAUUUGUUGUAAUGAAUUUCAGUAUUUAAUAAAUUGUACAAUGUGUAAAUCUCAGCUAACUUCUUGGCUUGGUUUGUACAUCUCUAUGGUUUAUUUGAUGUUUUUACUCUUAAAAAUGUAUAUAUAUAUACCCCUUUUACAUCACCCCCUGCAGCAUAAGGUAGCAGUUGACAGCAUGGGUCUGGAGCCUGAUUACCUCAGUUCCAAUCUCAGCUCUGUCACUCACUAGAGUCACUUACUAGAUAUCUUGGGCAGAUUACUUGGCUUCUCUCUGUUUCCUCUUAUCUAUAAAAUACAGGUAAAACUUGUGAGAAUUAAACAUGUUAAUUUGUAUAAAGCACAUAGACUAGUGCCUGGCACAUAGAAUGUACUCUCUCAGUCUUAGUUAUUAUUUGUCCCUGAAAUAUUUUUUCAAAUGUAUAACAGUCCAUUAUAUUAGUUCUUUUUCAUUGCUACUUUACCCUUUUAGCCAAUAGAAGCUAAUGUGACAACAUGUUCUGUAUGCUUUCAGUCCUAUCAGACUGUGACAAAUACUGUUGUUGCUGUUCAACAGCCAUUUUGUCCGUCCCUUCGUGCUUGCUUGUUCAAGAGUUCCCUCUCUGCACAGCUUUGUGCUCAGGGAUGCUGGACUCUUCCCCAAGGGUGAAUCUAUCUGGUUGUUCUAAGACAAUCAUGUGUGAUCUUAUUUCCCUCAUGAGUAAUUGCUGAGGCAUGAGUAUGAAAACCUUUGUCAGUGUCAACUAAGUGACGUUCAAAAGGAUGUCUGAGUUUCAAGAGGAGGAAACUGCUGUCUUUCUUUGGGCAUUGUUGUGUCUGAAUCUGAUACUCGGAACUGCUGCAGCCAACUUAUGAUCACAAGGGGACACAGAGCCAUAUCCUGAGGUUUGGCUCCAUAGAACUCUUUAGAGUCCUUGAUAAUGCUGUUGAGCUGCAGAAUUAACCAACUCUAGAACUGCCAUACAUAUGGACUGACUGAUUUAAAUAAACCCUUCAUUAUUUAAGCCACUUGUAGUAGGGUAUUUUUAACUUGGAAGAAAGCAUAUUAACUGAAACGUAUACUAUCCAUUAUUGAGUGUUAUUUGUUGAGGCCUCUAUUUCUGUUCAUUUUGUGAUAUAAUAGUUUUAACGCCUGUGUCUGACAAAAGGUGUAAAAGUGGUAAUACUAGACAGACUGCAGAAAGAAACAGGAAAAGCAUCCUGCUAUACCCUAAAAAAUGCAAAUUUUAUUGUGCCUUCCAAUAAAUGCAAGGAAACCAAAGGAAUAAGAAUAUCAUAUACAAUGACUGGUAUUUAUUGAUAAUGCUAUGAUGAUCUGUUAACAGCACUGAUUCAGCUACUACUCCCAUUUCUGGGAAUGUAUGCCACCUGUCUGUCUGUCCUAUGUCUUGGCUGGUCUCCCAAAAGUGAUCUGUCUCACUGAAUUCUUACAUUGACUCAUGGCAUACUAGCUUUGCCCCUAAAGUCAAGGUGACCAUCAGGUCCUAUUUGCUCUAUAAGAGUUGUGUUUGUGCUUUUUUCUUUUUUCUUUUUUUUCUUUUUUACUAUCCAGUUUAAAUUCACAUAGUCAGUUGGCCAAAAUGGUCUUGGAUGAAAGGAUUUAAAGAUUUGUAAAAAAGAUAGUUAGUUCUGUUUUUGCAAACCAAUAUUUAAUCUCCAUAUGAAUGGGAAAAAUAUUCCUUAAGAAUUGUUUAAUAGAUGAGGUGUUCAGAGAUUAAAGCAGUUUCUGUACCUUCAAUUUAUGUUUUCUUCACAGCUGAUAACAAUGGAAAUUUUAACUCAAGGUGCUAUUUAUUCUGUUUCUUUUGUUUACAAAAUAGGGCAUUACUGAGUGGAAAGUGCAUUCUGGGUCUAAGAGCUAUUUGUUCUCUAGUGGUUUUAAAGAAUAAGACAUUAAAUUAAGAAAGAAGAUAUAUUUGUCUUACCAUUCUCAGCAAUACAGAGGAUAACUUGAAAAAAAUAACCCUGAAACAGAAACUUAUGCUUUUGGGGAAAGAUGAAAGAAAUAAAGCACUGAAUAAUCCUUUAAAAAGUGUGUUUGAAAAGUGUUCAUGUGAUGCCUUCCUAAUUUAUUAAUUUGGGCAAAAGCUAUAGAUAAACUUAUACCAAUUGUUACAAGUUAUUCUCUAUUCUUGCUGCAUUUUUCAAAUGGUUCACCUUAAAAGUUGUAAACUAUAGAAAAGCUUUAGAACAAAUUCUUUUUAGUACCUCCUCACCCAGAGGAAAUGAUGGUAAAUUUCCUCCCAGUUUUGGCUCUGAGUUUGUAUUUGUUUUUAAGUCACUGUGGUCAUGUUGCAUAAUCAUAUAUUUGUAAUAUGCUAAUUGUUUUAAAAUGGUAUUGUUAUUCUGAUUUUAAAACUAUGUCCUCACUGAAGAAUAUUUGGAAACUCGACAUACAAAGUAAAUCAUGUUACCAUUGCUACAUUUUGAUAUGUUUUCAUAAUUUUUUAAAGCUUUAAGCUAUUAUUUUAUAUGUAGUAAAAUUAACCAGUGUAAUGUGUUAAUUCAGUGAAUUUUGUCAAAUGUAUAGUCAUGUAAUUACUACCAUCACAAUCUUGAUAUAAAACAUUCCUAUAUCACCUAAAAAUUUCCCUUGUUCCCCCUUUGCAGUCAAUCCCUUGCUCCCACUUUACCCCCUUGCAACCAUCGAUCUGCUUUUUGUCACUAUAGUUUUUGCCUUUGCCUUUUCUAGAAUUUCAAAUAAAUGGAAUCAUAUGUAGUCUUUUGUGUCCAGCUUCUUUCACUUUAUAGUGCUUUUGAGAUACUCAUGUUGUUACAUGUAUUAGUAGUCCUUUUUUAUUGUUUAGUCGUGUUGUACGAUCAUACCGCAGUUUAUUCAUUCACAAGUUGAUGGAUAUUUGAAUUAUUUUUAAUUUUUUUGCU